CCCCCAAUUCCCAUUACUGCCCAUCUCCUCCGUCCUCGCUGUAGCAAACUACUAGUCCUCCUCUAGUCGACCCACCCCCGUCGCAAGACUCGCAUCGCCCGCGUCAAGCGCGCCGCCGCCGCCGCCUCACCGUCCGCCUCCGCCGCGCCGUCGCGCCGUGGGCCGCCUCCCCAGCUUGAAGCCUUGGCGCCGUCUUCCUUGCCGCCGCCCGACGCGGGCAGCCGUCCUGGUCCUCUUCGGUCAGCCCCUGCCGACCUUCUGCGGCGGAGAGAGGAGCGGAGAUCCAGCCGCUUCCCGGCGGAUUUCUUGGUCUGAUUGCAGCUGCAGUGCGCAAAUUUCCUCAUUACUACUUGUACUAGCCCGCAAAUAAGUUCGUGCUCCCACCAAAAGGAGAGCUCAUAUGGCAAAGCCUCCUAAUGGCAUUGGCCGUAGCAGCAGCAUGCCAAGGUCAAAUGAGGGCAUGCGGCUCAUAUUUUCAGCAGUUGUCGGUGUCAUGCUGGGCUACUUGUUUGGGAUCUCCUUCCCUACAGUCAACAUAACCAAGCUUCACUUCCCUUCGAGUAUCAUCUCCUACAUUGAAGAUAGGAACUCUGGCAUCACAACUCAAACAUUGUUGAACCAUGCAUGGGCAUCUGCAAAUAAUCGUAAAAAGAACAACUCUGAUUCGAACUCUGAUGAAAUUCCCAAGAUCUAUGUUCCUACAAACCCAAAAGGUGCUGAAAGACUUCCACCAGGCAUUGUUGUGUCUGAAUCAGAUCUUUAUCCUCGAAGAUUAUGGGGUGAUCCUAGUGAGGACCUUACUAGCGAGCCGAGGUAUCUUGUUACUUUUACUGUUGGGAUUGGGCAAAAGGCAAAUAUUGAUGCAGCGGUAAAAAAGUUUUCAGAUAAAUUCACCAUUAUGUUGUUCCAUUAUGAUGGUCGGACUACUGAAUGGGAUGAGUUUGAGUGGUCUAAAAGAGCCAUCCAUGUUAGUGUCAUGAAGCAGACUAAAUGGUGGUAUGCAAAGCGAUUUUUGCAUCCCGACAUUGUUGCCAGAUAUGAUUACAUUUUCAUCUGGGAUGAGGAUCUAGGUGUUGAGCAUUUUAAUGCAGAGAAGUACAUUGAGCUUGUUAGAAAGCAUGGGUUGGAAAUCUCUCAGCCUGGUUUGCAACCUGAUAGAGGACUAACAUGGCAAAUGACUAAGCGUCGUGGUGACCAAGAAGUUCACAAAGUAACUGAGGAGAGACCAGGCUGGUGCACUGAUCCACAUCUCCCACCAUGUGCAGCAUUUGUUGAAAUUAUGGCGACAGUGUUCUCCAGAAAUGCAUGGCGCUGUGUGUGGCAUAUGAUUCAGAAUGACUUGGUCCAUGGAUGGGGUCUUGACUUUGCUCUUAGGAAAUGUGUGGAGCCGGCUCAUGAGAAAAUUGGAGUUGUUGAUGCUCAAUGGAUUGUUCAUCAAGCAGUUCCUUCACUUGGGAACCAGGGCAAGUCAGAUAAUGGAAGAGCACCAUGGGAAGGGGUAAGAGCACGCUGCAGAAAAGAAUGGGGAAUAUUUCAAACAAGGUUGGCUGAUGCGGAGAAGGCAUAUUACUUGGAACGUGGCAUCACGCCCCCGAAUUCAACAGCAGUUUAGAUGAAUACAUGCCAUGGCAAGGUUUCUGUUGCGGGAUCCUGGUCCAUGCCUACUGCCGUAUUCAUCGAAGCAGCUGCAACCCAGGGCCAUCCAUAUUUGUACAUGAGAGCACCCAUGAAUCAGCAUGAUUAAUCUUAGUGUCGCCCCCACUUGGUUUUAAUGUUAUUUUUUGGUUAGUGAAAGUGAGACUAGCUGCGAUGUAAGUAGGAGAUAUAGCAGGGACCAUGACGAUACUCGUUUGUGUAUUAAUAACCUUAUGCGAUAUCUAUAUCGACAAUCCUUUACCUCAUCUUGGUAUGCA